AGCACACCUACGGCUGAGGGCAUCAGCCUCCGGCAGGGAGUGUAGUUGGGGUAGGUAGGCCGGCCGGGGGGCUGAGAUCUUCCCAGAGAGGUGGAGUCCGAGGCACACACAGACACAAACAUACACCACCCUCAUACACAUAUAUACAAAUAUUCAGCACUCACCCAAUGUGGAGACAAGCAAAAAUGAACACUGUACACACAAUCACACUCCACAAACAUACUCUAAACCCCAAGUCCAUUUCUUUUAGAGGACAAAUGUUUGAUUUUUGGGUGGGGGUAAAUUUCAUGAUACAUGAUCACAUGUCAUAUAUUUUUAUAUGUUUGGCUCCUCCCACGGGAUGGUGAGCAUCUUUCUCUACUUUCUCUGAGAUGUGAGUAUGGAUAUGUGUGUGUUGACUGUUGAGGCAGGUGGAUGCUGCUGAUUGCUGGUUUGAAAGAGUUGAUUGGAUAAUUGGAUUUACAGCAGCUUCUUAAACCCCAGCUCACAGCCACCUCAGCCCUCUCCUUCCCUCCUGUGUACCAAAUAAGGAGCCAGCUUUGAUCCAAAUCAGCUAACUGCGCAUCACCAACUCUUCCUCGUCCUCGCUGUCCAGAAGCAGCAGCGUGAUGAUCUUAACAGGGAAGUGGUGAAGCUGAAGGUGUCACUCUGCUGUCAGUCGUCGUCCCGACAACAUGAAGACUUCAUCUGUGUCUCUGCUCCUCGGUGUGUGUGUGGUGCUGCUGUCUGCACUGACUGUUUCUGCAGUCUCUCUGACCGUCAGUCCAAACCUGCAGCAGUUCUUCACAGGAGCCUCAGUGUCUCUGACAUGUGAAGGUCAGCUGGGCUCUGAUGGAUGGACGGUGAAGAGGGACACAGGAAGUGGGACUGAGUCAUGUGGAGCAGGUGGGCGGGGCUUCGGGAGGAUAAAUGGUGCAUCCUGUUUUUUUGAUGAGUUCAAGCCAGUCAGUGGAGUUUACUGGUGUGAAGGUGAAGCUGGAGAGAAGAGUGAAGAAGUCAACAUCACUGUAUCAGGUAAUGAAGUCAUUCAUUUAAUCAUCAGACUAACAGCUCACUGUUAUACCACCUCUACAUCACUCUGUGUGUCUUUUCUUCAGAGAGGCUUGUACCCUGCCUUCCCCUGCACCCUUUCCAGUUCCCUGAAUGGUGGUCGCUGUCCAGUCAGUCCCAGUUACCUAGAGCAGCUAGGGCUCCGCUUGUCCCUGCAACCAUAUCAGUUCCUCAGCGUGAGGCCAUCCAAGGCCCAGUCCACCUUUGCACCCUGGCUGGUGUCCAACUACUUCCUGUGCCUGUCCCUACUCCUAGGGUGA